AUGGCUCAAGUAUUACCAAUACGUUUUCAGGAGCAUUUACAGCUCACAAAUAUUGGGAUCAACCCAGCCUCCAUAUCCUUUAAUACACUCACAAUGGAGUCAGACAAAUUUAUCUGUGUCCGUGAGAAAGUUGGUGAAACUUCAGAAGUAGUGAUUAUUGAUUUGGGCGACCCUACAAAUCCAAUUAGAAGACCAAUAUCUGCCGAUUCUGCAAUCAUGAACCCAGCCAGCAAAGUUAUUGCUCUUAAAGGAAAAGCUGGAGUGGAAGCAGCGCAAAAGACCCUGCAAAUAUUCAACAUCGAGAUGAAGUCAAAGAUGAAAGCCCACACUAUGACCGAAGACGUCGUUUUCUGGAAGUGGAUAUCACCAAACACUCUGGCACUCGUGACCAAAAUGUCAGUAUACCAUUGGUCGAUGGAAGGUGAUUCACAACCUGUGAAAAUGUUCGAUCGUCACUCAUCUCUUUCUGAGUGUCAGAUUAUCAACUAUAGAACUGAUCCGAAGCAACAGUGGUUGUUGUUAGUGGGUAUAUCAGCGCAACAGAACCGCGUUGUAGGUGCGAUGCAACUGUACUCGGUGGAACGUAAGUGCUCGCAGCCGAUAGAAGGUCACGCCGCAUCUUUCGCCACCUUCAAGUCUGAAGGCAACACUGAACCUUCUACUCUGUUCUGUUUCGCUGUACGGACAGCGCAGGGUGGCAAACUACAUAUCAUCGAGGUGGGUCAGCCGCCAGCAGGUAAUACAGCAUUCCACAAAAAAGCUGUUGACGUCUUCUUCCCUGCUGAGGCACAGAACGACUUCCCAGUGGCUAUGCAGGUGUCCCCGAAAUAUGAUGUGAUCUACCUCAUCACUAAAUAUGGUUACAUCCAUAUGUAUGACAUUGAAUCUGGGACCUGUAUCUACAUGAACCGCAUCUCGUCUGAUACGAUCUUUGUGACUGCGCCUCACGAGUCUACUGGAGGGAUUAUUGGUGUAAACCGCAAAGGUCAGGUUCUAUCUGUCACUGUAGAAGAGGAUUCCAUAGUCCCAUACAUCAAUACUGUCCUACAAAACCCUGAUUUGGCCCUUCGUCUAGCUGUAAGAAACAAUUUGGCUGGCGCUGAAGAUCUUUUUGUGAGGAAAUUCAAUAUGCUCUUCACUAAUGGACAAUAUGGAGAGGCCGCAAAGGUGGCAGCUAUGGCACCCCGUGGUAUCCUACGUACUCCACAAACAAUUCAGCGUUUCCAACAAGUGCCCACUCAGCCUGGUCAAACCUCACCGCUGCUGCAGUACUUUGGUAUAUUGCUGGAUCAGGCUCAGUUAAACAAGUUUGAGUCGCUUGAACUGUGCCGUCCUGUUCUAUUGCAAGGUCGGAAGCAGCUCCUAGAAAAAUGGCUGAAAGAGGAAAAACUGGAGUGUUCCGAAGAGUUGGGAGAUUUAGUAAAGCAGGUGGAUCCAACCUUAGCGUUGUCUGUGUAUCUCCGGGCGAAUGUCGCAAGCAAAGUCAUCGCUUGCUUUGCUGAAACUGGGCAGUUCCAGAAAAUCGUCCUUUAUGCCAAGAAGGUGGGCUACACCCCAGAUUACAUCUAUCUCCUACGAUCAGUAAUGCGUACAAGUCCGGAACAAGGUGCAGGGUUCGCCGGUAUGCUGGUAGCUGAAGACCCUCCUCUAGCUGACAUUAAUCAGAUUGUCGAUGUCUUCAUGGAACAGAAUAUGGUUCAGCAGUGCACUGCGUUCCUUCUAGAUGCACUCAAAAACAACAAGCCCGAGGAAGGUCCACUCCAGACACGGCUUCUCGAAAUGAACUUAAUGUCAGCACCUCAAGUAGCAGACGCGAUUCUUGGCAACGGAAUGUUCACGCACUACGAUCGCGCACACGUCGCCCAACUCUGCGAAAAGGCUGGACUGUUGCAACGUGCGCUUGAGCAUUACACCGAUUUGUAUGACAUUAAGCGAGCUGUGGUUCACACACAUCUGCUGUCUGCUGAUUGGCUGGUCAAUUACUUCGGCACUCUGUCAGUGGAGGACUCCCUUGAAUGCCUCAAGGCUAUGCUUCAAGCGAACAUUCGUCAAAACCUCCAAAUCUGCGUACAAAUUGCCACCAAGUACCACGAACAACUGACCACCAAGGCUCUCAUAGAACUGUUCGAGAGUUUCAAGACGUAUGAAGGCCUUUUCUACUUUUUGGGAUCCAUUGUCAACUUUAGCCAGGAUUCGGAAGUUCACUUCAAGUAUAUUCAGGCUGCCUGUAAAACGGGUCAAAUCAAAGAGGUCGAACGUAUCUGCAGGGAAUCGAACUGCUACAACGCUGAACGCGUCAAGAAUUUCCUCAAGGAAGCAAAAUUACCCGACCAACUGCCGCUCAUCAUUGUCUGCGACAGAUUCGACUUUGUUCACGACCUGGUGCUAUAUUUGUAUAGAAACAGUCUGCAGAAGUACAUUGAGAUCUACGUGCAAAAGGUGAACCCAUCCCGUCUGCCAGUCGUUGUGGGUGGUCUCUUAGACGUGGACUGCGCGGAAGACAUUAUCAAGAAUUUGAUCCUCGUGGUGCGAGGACAAUUCUCCACUGAUGAACUUGUCGCUGAAGUUGAGAAGAGAAACAGAUUGAAAUUACUUUUACCCUGGUUGGAGACACGAGUACACGAGGGAUGCAACGAGCCAGCCACGCACAAUGCGCUCGCCAAGAUCUACAUUGACUCUAACAAUAACCCUGAGAGAUUCCUCAAGGAGAAUCAAUGGUACGAUUCACGCGUAGUAGGACGCUACUGCGAGAAGCGCGACCCGCACUUAGCGUGCGUCGCAUACGAACGCGGGCAAUGCGAUCGCGAACUCAUCGCCGUAUGCAACGACAACUCUCUGUUCAAGACUCAGGCGCGGUACUUGGUGCGCCGAAGAGAUCAGGAUCUCUGGUUGGAAGUGCUCAGCGAGAGCAACCCAUUCAAGCGACAGCUAAUCGAUCAGGUUGUCCAGACAGCCCUAUCUGAAACUCAAGAUCCCGAGGACAUCUCAGUAACAGUGAAGGCCUUCAUGACAGCUGACCUUCCAAACGAACUUAUUGAGUUACUUGAGAAAAUUGUGCUUGACAACUCUGUGUUCUCUGACCACAGGAACUUGCAGAACUUGCUCAUUUUAACAGCAAUAAAGGCAGAUCGAACCCGUGUUAUGGAAUACAUCAACCGUCUGGACAAUUACGACGCACCGGAUAUUGCGAAUAUUGCCAUCAACAAUGAACUGUACGAGGAGGCAUUCGCUAUCUUCAAGAAGUUUGAUGUCAACACAUCAGCCAUACAGGUCCUCAUCGAACAAGUCAAAGACCUCAAACGUGCCUACGAGUUUGCUGAGCGUUGCAAUGAGCCCGGAGUUUGGUCUCAACUAGCCAAAGCUCAGUUACAACAAGGUCUGGUGAAGGAAGCGAUUGACUCUUACAUAAAGGCCGACGACCCGUCGGCGUAUAUGGACGUCGUCGCUACGGCCAGUGCCCAACAAUCUUGGGACGAUCUCGUCCGCUACUUGCAGAUGGCGCGCAAAAAGGCUCGCGAAUCUUACAUUGAAUCAGAGCUCAUAUACGCAUACGCCCGUACCGGUCGCCUGGCGGAUCUGGAAGAGUUUAUCUCUGGUCCGAACCAUGCUGACAUCCAGAAGAUUGGAGACAGGUGCUUCGACGACAAAAUGUAUAAUGCUGCUAAGCUGCUUUACAACAAUGUCAGCAACUUUGCCCGACUCGCCAUCACUCUUGUUCAUUUGAAGGAGUUCCAAGGUGCCGUGGAUGGCGCCCGCAAAGCCAAUUCGACUCGCACAUGGAAAGAGGUUUGCUUCGCGUGUGUGGACGCGGGCGAAUUCCGUCUUGCCCAGAUGUGUGGUCUCCAUAUUGUCGUUCACGCCGAUGAGCUGGAGGACCUGAUUAAUUACUACCAGGACCGAGGUCACUUCGAUGAGCUGAUAAGUCUGUUGGAAGCUGCCUUAGGCCUGGAGCGGGCACAUAUGGGAAUGUUCACAGAGCUGGCCAUCUUGUACUCUAAGUACAAGACAUCUAAGAUGAGGGAACAUCUCGAGCUAUUCUGGUCACGAGUUAAUAUUCCUAAGGUGCUUCGCGCUGCCGAACAUGCGCAUCUAUGGUCGGAGCUUGUGUUCCUUUACGACAAAUACGAAGAGUACGACAACGCUGCUCUCACCAUGAUGCAGCAUCCGACUGAGGCCUGGAGAGAGGGACACUUCAAAGACAUUAUCACUAAGGUCGCAAACAUGGAGUUAUAUUAUAAAGCAAUUCAGUUUUACCUCGACUACAAGCCUCUACUUCUCAAUGACCUCUUGUUGGUAUUGGCGCCACGUAUGGACCACACUCGCGCCGUCAACUUCUUUACUAAGGCUGGCCAUCUCCAACUAGUAAAAGCCUAUCUCAGGUCUGUGCAAAACCUUAACAACAAGGCUGUCAAUGAAGCCCUUAAUUCGCUACUCAUCGAUGAGGAAGACUACCAGGGUCUACGAACAUCGAUUGACGCAUUCGAUAACUUCGACACGAUAGCGCUCGCGCAACAACUAGAAAAGCAUGAGCUCACUGAAUUCAGACGAAUCGCCGCCUACUUGUACAAAGGCAACAACAGAUGGAAGCAAAGUGUGGAGUUAUGCAAAAAAGACGCAUUGUACGCCGACGCAAUGGAAUACGCAGCUGAAUCACGACAACCAGAAGUUGCUGAGGAACUGCUCGACUGGUUCCUUGAGAGGAAGAACUAUGAGUGCUUUUCUGCUUCCCUUUACCAGUGCUACGAUCUCUUGAAACCCGAUGUUGUGAUUGAAUUGGCGUGGCGGCACAACAUUAUGGACUUUGCUAUGCCAUUCCUUAUUCAGACGGUACGAGAAUUAACAACUAAAGUUGAGAAAUUGGAAGAGGCUGACGCAAAACGCAGCACGGAGAGCGCGGAACACGAGGCAAAGCCUGCUAUGAUUAUGGAGCCACAGCUUAUGCUCACUGCUGGUCCAUCAAUGGCGUACCCAGGCGUGGCUGCGCAAGCGCCGCCGUACGCGUACGCCGCGCAGGCUCCUUCGCCCGCCCCUUACCACGGGUACGGCAUGUAG